ACACACACACACACACACACACACACACACACACACACACACAUAUAUAUAUAUAUAUAUAUAUAUAUAUAUAUAUAUAUAUAUAUAUAUAUAUCAAAUAAGCUUCGGACACGCUACUGAUUUUAAACGGAAAAAGUCUCUUUCAAUGGAAAACACGUAAAUCAAAAUUAAUAUACAUUACAAUUUGCCACUAUGUUAGCAAAGAAUUUAAUGGUCUACGGAGUAAUCAGAAACAUUGCACUUGGACGUCAAGAAAUGAAACGAAAACCUUGCAAAUAGCAUAAAAGGAAAUAGUUUAUACAUCAUGCUUCAGCAUUCCACGUACAAAGAGAUCCGCGAUUUCACAUUUUCGAGAAAUUUUGGAGCUGCUUCGUUCAAGGCUCCCAACCGAAGAAAACCCAAACUUCAGAUUAUUGUUCCAAGUGUAAACAGAAGGGACUCCGUAGACUGCUUUACAAUUAAUCGCCUUGGUACUCUUCAUAGUGACGUGCUAAAACAGCAAGGGACAUGAGCAGAAGUUAAUCUGGAUUGUUUCAGACAGAUGUAUUCAGUAGGACUUGCUUUGGCUGCAGUCCUGAUCACAUGUGGGCCAGGUAAUACCAAUGCUCAGGUCUCAGGCACCGAUGGUACGAAUACAACAGUCGCAAAUAUCACAAAUGUCAACACUUCCUCCAGUAGUACAAGGACUGAGAGAGGUGAUUCUUGGAUAUUGGAGGUGGUCAUGUUCAUGCUGCUUUUCAUCAUGUGGUUCAUUGUGCCUUUCAUGUCUUGGGGCUUUGUGAUUCCUGCUACCAUUAUCUUUCGCAGUAUCUUUGUGGAUUUGAUUGGGGAGAAUAUGUUCGUAGAAGUUUUCGGUGGAACUGGAGGUAAUGGUCCCCUAAUGCUUGUAGAAGAUGCCUUCAAGGGGGUCUUCUCAUAACUUCCAAUACGUAUACAUUGCUUGUCAUUUAUGUCUAUCAGCUCUAGACAUCAUUAAUUCUGUAGAAAGCCUCUACUAAUACCAUGAGAAUAGUAAUCCCAAUCUUUUUUUCUGUGCUGUGAUUUGGAUUCAGGUGUUGAAUUUUCAAAGAGUGAGAGGAAAAAUAAAAGGGGAACAUUGUCAUUAAUCAAACAAGGUACACAAAUAAAGCUGUGUAAGAUAUCGACUGGUAAUGGUGUUCGGCAAAACUACAUUUAAGUAUACUGAAAUACAGUAUGUUUUACACAAGAAUCAAGCACAGAAAACAAGAUAAGCUGAAAUAUUCCCGAAUUGACCAUAUAAAUUCAAAUGAACAAGUCCAUGACCUAUGAAGAAUAUUCUUUUAUAUAUUUAGCCCCUUUCUGUUAUCAAUUUACAAAAUGUUAAAACAGACACACACACACACACACACACACACACACACACACACACACACACACACACACA